GUGGUUGAGCCACGACACUUCGAUGUGCGCGCGCACGUUCAACUCAACCAGAAACGCGUGUUGUUUAUGUUUGGCUUUAAACAGGUGACUCAUGUGCCUUUAACUCGGUCGUGGUUUAUCAGUGUCACCGUUCAAAAUUCGCUACAGCUGUCAAGGCUGUAAUUAGGUCAGCACCUAAGUGGUUCAAAUGCGAUCGGAGAGAAUGUAAUGUGCAAUAUUAAAACAACAUAGAAAUGUUUCAGCAGAAUCAUCUAUAGGUAAAUGGUGAUGUGAAUGAGUGUUCGAGCGAAGCACCAUACAGUAGCAUCUGGAUCGGAUUUCGAUCCAUCCCGCUUCGAGCUACAUUCUGUUACAAAUUGCUACCAGUGCGUUCAUCGAGAGCAAUUAAGUGCGUUCUUGAACAGAGCUGGUUUUAGAAAAUGUAGAAAAAGGGAGAAGAGUUUGUUUGAGAGUGCAAGAAGUGCGGUGUGUUCAUGAAGAUAGCAGCAAUUAUGAGUUUCCUGGAUCGAGCUUAUAAUUAAGGAUCCUGUACAGUAGCAGUGAAAGAAAAGUUCUCAAUUUAAUUAGUGUUCAUCAGUGAAAUAGCGGAGUGUGAGGCACGGUCUUAGUGCGGGAUUCUUAAAGUUAAUCCAAUCAGGGUGCCCGACCGCCAAGGACAGCUCACAGCGUUGGAAUUCUUUUCAUGAGAGGAUAUUGUUGUGGGUGGAGCGCCAGGCAACGAGAGAAGUUCAUUCGAGCUCCAGCUUCUCUCCCAUAAAAGGAAAAGGCACAAGUAAUAAUCAUGUACUACACGUUCAGUGCUCGUCAUACCAUCGUCAUCGUCGUCGCUUCCCCAUCGCCUUGAUGCCGACGCCGCGAGCAAACCUCUCACCGCUGCUUCCGAACCCAUAGCAGGGCGCCGGCUCCCUAUGGGCAAAUGCGCCUCCAAACAGCCGGUUUCUGGACUCAAUGAAUUCGGAAGCUCCCCGUACCUGGCCAUCUGCAGCGACGAUGACAUCAUCUUCAUCAAUGUGGGUCAAUCGGAAAGUAAGAAGGCAUCCAAAAAGGCAGCCGGCCUCGAGACCAAGGGUACGGCCAUGUCCUUUGGAUUCAAAAAGCACAAAAUACAUCAGUCGAGCGCGGCGAGCAAGUUACCAAAAGCUGUGGGUGAUGGCACUGGGCCAGGUUCAGGAACCGGUACACUUAAGAAAACACAGACGACAGCUUCCAACGGGAACCAUCUGUACGGUGGGCUGGAGAAGGAGAAAGCGACGGAAAGAGACAAUGCAACUGUGAUCUCCAAUCCCGGAGUAGAUGGCAUUUUUAGCGAUAAGAACGGCAAUAUGGCAGGUUCAGCAGAUCAACCAGACGAUGACACAACCAAAACGACAGGUCGAUCGACGCCACGCCUUCAGCCACCCAAAAAGGACUCACAUGGUGCUCCAUACCGGAACAAUCGAUUCGGUUUCCGCUCAACUAAUGUGGUGCGACCGGCAUCGGCAGGUCUCCAGCCGAAAUCAAUUAUCGACUACGACAAACAACAUUCCAACAACAAUAAUAACAUUCACACAACUAACAAUAAUAACGUCUACAUCACCGACAAGCGCCGCUCCAAGAGUGCAUCCGCAGCGGCCUCAGCACGCACAACAUUUACCCCGCUGCUGCAAGCACCCUCGCAGGUUCAACAGGAACGAUCAUCUGCAUUACAACAUACCGGCUUCGGUGCACUUCACAAGCCGCAGCCAAAAUAUCAAUCGGCGCAUGGCACGACGAAAAUAGCAUCAUCAGAAUCUGGCGCGCAACAAGUGAUGACGAAAUGCGAUCAAGCAGAGCAUAAAAAUACUUCGCAUAAUCCUCCUUCUGCCGUCACCGGUGGUACGGCGGCAACGAGCGGAAGUACCGAUGAGCAACGAUCACAGUCAAGCGUAAAUAAUACCACCGCCCGGCAGUGUGUCUCAGCAAACGACUCCAACCAGCAGCAGCAGCAUGUCGCAGCUAACUCACUAAUAAAACCACCCAGCGGACAGGAACCAGCAUCGGUGGCAAAGUUCACACUCCACAGCUCCAGCCUUCCAAAGCCCCAGUAUCCGGUACCGAUCAGUCUCCCUUCGGCUGCUCCACACUAUGCAAUGGACCCCAAGGGUGCCAAACAGGCUGCUAACGUUUGUCGCAAAGGUAUUCUGCACCAAUACCAGCGGGAACCAUCUACCGAUCAUAUGUUUGAUCUCGAUCAGGAGUCCAACCCCGAUGUGGACACAACGUCCAACAUUCGAAUGCCACGCCAACGCUACCGGAAUCUGGAAAUGAUUCUCAGCGGUCGCCAUAAGUUCGAAGUACGUGAUCUGGAAACCCUCACUGCUGAACCGAUCGUUUCCCUUGCGCUGCCACAGCUUCCAAGUGCAUUCAAUACCGUUGGUCACCAACAGCAACCGAUCCCUCUGAGUGGAUUGGUGCGCUCUUCCGAGCUUUCCAGACAGUUGAGCGACGACAUCGACAUCAACGAUAAUCGAUACGAAUCAUCGGAACUGGUUGAUUCGAUCGAACGCAAGGAUUCCAUUGCUUCAUCCGAUGUUGAAAGUUUCGAAGAGGAAAAGUUGGCACGAGAUAACAACUCAUCGGAGAAGAGCUUGAAGGGAGCGAUCAUCAAUGAUUUGGUUGAGUCACGCUGCAGCAAGACUUCCUCGUCGGGAAGUUCAAGGACUUCCUGGUGCAACGCAGGUGAAUCGAUGGCAGCCAAGGAGUGCAGCAGUUUGAGUCUGAGUAGCAGCGAUGAGAGCAAUGUGCUGCGCAACAGAGCUGGUGGGAAGGCGGUGGCGGCCGAUGAGGAGGAUGUCAGCUCGGUUACCAUCACCGCCGGUAACCCGUCCCUGUUGUCAUCAUUUUCGGCCCCGGUCCCGAUGGACAUCUCCACCAACUUGGACAGCGUAUCCGAGGUGCAGAAUAGCUUCAACGAUAACACCCUUUCCGAUCAACCGGACAGUAACCGCAUCUUCCGUUCUGAGGAAUACAAAUUCGCUGAAAUCGCAGCGGCCGUCGGUGAUGCCAUCUUGCUGGAUGACGAAACAUCCCCCACGGAUAGUUUGGUCAGCAGUUGCACCGAGUCGGAUGAUGCUCGUAAGAAUCGCAAGAAACCCGUCGAAGGCAAACCGGAAGAACGGGAGAAGGAGAAAGACAUCGAUGAGAUCUCCCCGGAACUGGAGGAAAUCGCCAGUCCCGUUACACCGGGAACUCCAACGCAUGCAUCCAACUCUCUAUCCCUCUCAGAUGGAGGGCGAGAUUUUCUGAUAGAUGAUGAGAUUGCCGAUCAACCGGCACUGGUGUUUGACGAGCCGACGCUCAACGACAACAGUAUGAUUGACCUGGAGUCGAUCAACCUUAACAUCCUUGAAGAUACUCCCACGCUGCGAGAUUCCGUUUCUUCGUUGAACAACAACAAUAGCAUUAACAACAGAUCUCUCUCGAAGAGUGUUCCCCCGGUGCCAAAGCCCAGAAAGAUUAUGGCAGCGACGUAUGAAUCACCGGCGUCGAUCCGGAAGAACAGAACCCGGUUGUCCCGAGCGGAAUCGCUGGAUACUCUGUCGCCAUGUGAUUCCAUCGCGUCGGAUGACUAUAUGCUGGACUUCAACAGCAGCAUGGAUUCUAUUGAUAGGCCACCCCGUUCGAAUGCCAGUGGAAGCACCUCGGCGUUACACUCGAUGGACGAGCUGCAGCUUUGGUCGGAGUUGGAAAACAAAGGCGGACAGCUUAUGCACGAAUGGAGUAAGCUGCUGCGCUCACAGCGAAACAGCAAUUACAACACGAGCCGGGAGAGCAUAACAUCUCUGCUACCGGCCCGGGCAACCCGACUGCUGACGCGGCGCCUGCAAAACAAUGCCACUCCUACCAACUGUGGCACCGGUGGUUCGGACAGUCCCCGCUCGAUGGACAGCCUGCCGCGGCGAUCGGCCCUAUCCGCAUCGUACAAAACGGCCACCCUGAACCAGUUCAACAACAACAACAUAUUUAACAAUACGGACUCUGCUUCGACGGCCACCAACUCGGCCGAGGAUCUCACCCUACUGGACAAGUCGCUGCGCAACUCCAUGAUCCAGGAUGUGGUACACUUUAAGAAGCAACUGGUCCGGCUCCGUCGGAUUCUACAGGAGGAUGAAGAAAAUUUGAUGAUGACCGAUACUCUCAACCCAUUUGAGAAUAAUAAUGGGCAAUUCUUCACUACUGCUACUACAACAACCCCAACAACGACGAGUUCAACUACGACGGGGGCCACAGGAGAGACGGGUGCCAUAGCCACUAGUGUCGUCGACAGUAAGCAACAGGAGAACACCCUGAUCAAGGAGUCCGGCGUCGUGGCCCUGGCACUGCUCGAGGACCAGCGGCAGGAGCUGGCGGAUCUCAGAAGACAGGUGGUUUACCUUCAGGGCGAGAUUACGGCCAAGGACCGCACCAUUCGACAGCAGCAGAACCUGAUCGAAAAGUACGAAGCCGAGCGGGAAAAGCUACAGGCAGGCCUACCGGUUGCCGCAGACCGGGCCGCUGGGAACGGCACCGAUGACAAGACUAUUGAUACAAUCAGCACCGCCACGCAGACUGAGAGGUUGAGGCCACUGUCAUUCGGCGGACAGGAAGGAUUAGCGAGUCGAAGUGAACCACCUUCGCCACUACGCAACGGCCUCCGAUCUCCUGCAAUCGCCAACAGCAACAGCAGCCACCAUCAUCACCACGCUAAUGGCAGCAGCAGCAACAACCACAGCACAACAUCACCAUCAACAUCAUCGUCGGCACUCAUCAACAGCAACAACAGCCGUGGACCGGUGAACCAUAAGCCAAAAACCCAAAUCUCAUCCGUCUAUACACAGCUCUCAUCGAUCAAACACUCGAACCAUCAUCAUCAUCAUCAUCAACAUCAUGGCAGCUCGUCCACCAUGGGCCAAAAGCGGUCUUCCCUCGGUUCCAAUAGUAAUCUGAACCACAUUGCAUCAUCAGCACCCUCUCCAUCCAAUACCAAUGGUUCAACCAUGAAAACCGUUCGCACCACCCUCAUCGGUAACGUCCUGACCUCUAGCAAACUCAAUCAAAGCAACAGUAGCGUCUCACCGCCCCCUCCGCCGCCUACCAACGGUACAAAAUUGCUCAAAACCUCAAUCCGGACUCAGAUGAACGGUGGAAAUGGACUCAUCACCUCCCACAAGCAGAGCGGUGCAUCGCCGUCCAACAAGCGAUCGUCCGCCAUCAAGCCGCCAUCUUCUUUCGCAAAUAGUACCUUUCCGGCGGAUUCGCCUACAGCGCACAAAUCAAAAUCCGCUCCUGUUACUCCGAUGACCGAACGUGUCCCGGCAACGCCACUCUCGCCAUCAUCACCCCUGGCAACGCCAAACGUACAGAUCGUUAUCGAAACUGUCGAUAACAGUAACGGAACUGAAGAGUCAAAGGAAAAUGCCUACAAUCACGAGCAACAAAAUGGCGGCUCCUCUCCCGUUCAAGGCGAUGACGCGAACGAUAACAACAACAAUAACAACCAGAACAAGCAUGAUGACGAUGAUGAUAAAGAGCAAAUAGCCGAAAAGGAAAAGGACGCUAUCAAUAAUAAGAUCAAUAGUCUUAAGCUAGCAAACGGAUUGACUGGAUGUAAUGAUAGUAGUUGUAAGGAAAGUAGCUUAGUUAUCUAGUUCGGUAAGAGAAUGAUUAUUUAUAUAUUUAAAUAAAACCAUUGAACAAACAAAUUUGAAACAAACUAUAAAUGAAUGUGAUCCAAUAACCUUUAAAUUAUGGACUUGCAGAACAAGUAUCUAUUCAAAAACCAGCGCUCAUACAUAUUCAUCACUCUGAUACAACCAACCUAUAACCAAAUUGAAAAUUAAAGCAUGGAAGCAACCCAAACUAUAUACUCAACAAAAACUGCUUUUUGGAUCAAUAAAACAAAUAACCUGUCCAUUUUACUCCUGAUCAACCGCAGAAACCGUAAAAACACUUUUGAGCUAAUAUUACAGGAAGGCUAUAAUAGAUGCAAGCGUGUUUCCUUUCGAAUGAGCGCUUUUACAUUUGUAGGACAAGUGAUUUUUUUUUUAAUAGAGAAAGGUGCUGUAAAGAUGCUAGGAAAAGCUAUACAACAAACAUGUUAAAUUGUUUCCUUCCUCCCUUUGAACGUUUCGUGCAAUCUUAUAUAAAUACCUGCAUUACAUACAGUUUCGUUUUUACGCGAAUUGCUGAAUGAAUUUUAAUUUUUUCAGAACAGUUAAUCGAAUUGAAUUUAGAUGGCAUUCCCAGCGAACGUCAGCAAUCGAAUAGCGAAUAUUAUUACACAAGUACACACAUAAGUUUAAAUCAAUCUCUAUAUUUCCUUGCAGAACUAUAGAAGACGUCGGUUCUUUCUACAUCAACUAUUAACAUUAAUUAAAACAAUGCAAAGCGGAAAACAAAGUUGAAUGCGAACAAGUAUUACCCUGCCGCGGAAAUUUUGACAUGCUAAACAAGAAACAAAGUCAACCAAAAAUCGGUUCUAAACGGAUUGAAAACAACGUGACAAUUGUAUUUAUCAAUAACAAAAAAAAAACUUCCUCUCAUGAAAUCUGAAUUAAAAUUCACACAUUGAUCCCCUUGUUACACGCAUAAGACGCAAAUACGAAAUUCAAACCG